UUCAGUUAGAAACGUGCUCUCGUCGACUAAAGAACUUCAAAGACAUCGCGCCAGUGGGUGAUCCAAAAAUAUACAUAUCAAUUUAUAUAUACACAUUGUUGGAAAAACAUAAAACGAGCGGAGGGAAAUGAAAAAUUCUAAAUCGAAACUUCAAUAAUUGAAUGCAAUGCAGAUCUGUUGGAUACUGGUCAUUUUUCUUGGCCUCAAUAAGGUGCACGGACAAUUUUAUGGGGGCAGUAAUUACGGUUCAUCCAGUGGCCAAUCCAUUACCCUUGGUCUUAUCACAGACGACGCCACCGAUAGAAUCCGACAGACCUUCGAGCACGCCAUAUCGGUGGUAAACAAUGAGCUGAGUGUUCCUUUGGCCGGGGAAACAGAGCAGGUUGCCUAUGGAAAUUCCGUUCAGGCCUUUGCCCAACUGUGCAGGCUGAUGCAGGGUGGAGUGGGUGCCGUUUUUGGGCCGGCUGCCAAGCACACGGCCUCUCAUCUGCUAAAUGCCUGCGACUCCAAGGACAUACCAUUUAUAUACCCGCAUCUCUCUUGGAGUGCCCAUCCGGAUGGAUUCAACCUAUACCCGAGCCCUGAAGAUAUAGCCCACGUUCUCUACGACAUCGUCAAUCUGUUUGAUUGGUCUCGCUUCAUAUUCUGUUAUGAAUCCGCUGAGUACCUGAAGAUUUUGGAUCACUUAAUGGCCAUGUAUGGAGUCAAGGGACCUGUCAUUAAAGUGAUGCGCUACGAUCUGAAUCUGAAUGGUAAUUACAAAUCUGUCCUAAGACGCAUCAGAAAAUCGGAGGAUAGUCGCAUAGUAGUCGUGGGUUCAACAGAGGGCGUGGCCGAGCUCCUUCGUCAGGCCCAACAGGUGGGCAUCAUGAACGAGGAUUAUACCUACGUAAUAGGGAACUUAGACUUGCAUACAUUCGAGCUGGAGGAGUACAAGUACAGUGAAGCAAACAUUACGGGCAUACGAAUGUUUUCACCCGAUCAGGAGGAAGUACGAGAUCUGGUUGAAAAGUUGCACCAGGAACUUGGAGAAAGCGAACCGGAAAAUACUGGUUCCACUUUUAUUACGAUGUCCAUGGCUCUCACCUAUGAUGCAGUACGAGUGAUUGCAGAGACAACGAAGCACCUGCCCUAUCAGCCCCAGGUGCUCAACUGUUCCGAGCGACAUGACAACGUUCAACCUGAUGGUUCAACUUUUAGAAACUACAUGAGAUCGAUGGAUAUCAAAGAAAAAACCAUCACAGGUCGCAUAUAUUUCGAGGGAAAUGCACGAAAGGGUUUUAAAUUCGAUGUCAUCGAGUUGCAAACUAGUGGAUUGGUCAAGGUUGGCACUUGGGAGGAUGGCAAGGACUUUGAGUUCCAACGACCACCUCAAAUUAUAAACUUUAAUGAUAUUGAUGACGGUUCUCUGGUCAACAAAACCUUCAGGGUUCUAAUAUCUGUUGCGACCAAGCCUUAUGCCAGUCUCGUCGAGAGUAUUGACACACUAAUUGGCAACAAUCAAUACCAGGGUUAUGGUGUGGAUCUAAUCAAAGAGUUGGCUGAUAAACUUGGCUUUAACUUUACCUUCCAUGAUGGUGGCAAUGACUAUGGUUCCUUUAAUAAGACAACUAACUCCACGACAGGAAUGCUUAAGGAAAUCGUUGAAGGAAGAGCCGAUUUGGCCAUCACUGAUCUUACCAUAACAUCGGAGAGAGAAGAAGUCAUCGAUUUCUCUAUACCAUUUAUGAAUUUGGGCAUAGCAAUUUUAUAUGUUAAACCCCAAAAGGCUCCUCCCGCUCUAUUCUCCUUUAUGGACCCAUUUUCCUCCGAAGUAUGGCUUUACUUGGGCAUAGCCUAUGUGGGAGUAUCGCUCUGUUUCUUUAUAAUAGGACGACUUUCGCCCAUUGAGUGGGAUAACCCUUAUCCCUGUAUUGAAGAACCAGAAGAACUAGAAAAUCAGUUCACCAUCAACAAUUCCCUAUGGUUUACUACGGGAGCUUUAUUGCAACAAGGCUCUGAAAUUGCUCCCAAAGCUCUCAGCACACGCACCAUAUCUGCCAUUUGGUGGUUCUUUACUUUGAUUAUGGUAUCUUCCUACACGGCCAACUUGGCUGCCUUCUUGACCAUAGAGAAUCCCACUAGUCCUAUUAACAGCGUUAAAGACUUGGCCGAUAAUAAAGAUGAUGUCCAGUAUGGUGCCAAGCGAACAGGAUCCACCCGGAAUUUUUUUCUUACAUCGGAGGAUCCAGUCUAUGUGAAAAUGAACGAAUACAUGUUAGCUCACCCUGAAAUGCUGAUGGAAAACAAUCAGGAUGGCGUGGACAGGGUGAAAGCAGGCACAAAGUAUGCAUUCCUCAUGGAAUCCACCUCCAUUGAAUUUAAUACGGUUAGGGAGUGCAAUCUGACCAAAGUGGGUGACCCACUGGAUGAGAAGGGUUACGGCAUAGCUAUGGUGAAAAAUUGGCCCUAUCGCGAUAAGUUCAACAAUGCUCUGUUGGAACUGCAGGAGCAGGGCGUCUUGGCCAGGUUGAAAAACAAAUGGUGGAACGAAGUUGGUGCCGGCGUUUGUAGUGCAAAAAGCGACAGUGACGGUCCUUCUGAGUUGGGCGUGGAUAAUCUAAGUGGUAUUUACGCUGUCCUUGCCAUUGGAUCCUGCAUUUCCAUGAUUGUCGCCAUCCUUUGUUGGUGUUACUUUGUUUUUAAGAAAGCAAAACUCUAUGCGGUUCCCUUUGGCGAUGCAUUGGCUGAAGAAUUCAAAAUUGUCAUUCAUUUCUCGGAAAAUGAAAGAGCCCUAAAAAGCGCCCAGUCUAUAUACUCACGUAGUCGGAAUUCAUCUCAGUCUAUAGAGUCCCUCAAAACGGAUUCAGAGGAGAGCGUGCCGGUUGAGGAUUAA